AUGCAGUCGGUGGUGGGCAAGGUUGGCGCCGGUGGCGCUCAGCGAAUGUCGGUGCUGAUUCCAGCGGCGGUCAUGAGGGAUCGUGCCGUGGCUGCAGGCGCGGGCGCGCUGUUUGUGAGGGUCGAUGGUGCCGGUGCUCCGCUCACGCCACUUGUCUUCAACACUGCCCUCUCGCCGGUGCUGGAGGAGGCCGCGCCUCAGGCUGAGCUUCUGGUCAUCGCGCCUGUUUCGGACUCGGCCCUAUACAUCACCAUCGGCCUAUGCCUUGUCCCGGGCCUCCACUGGGUGGCACCGGACGCUGAUGUCCGGGUUGCCUUUCGCUCGCUUCAGUUCCGCUCCUUUGGCGCUCUCAAGCACCUCCUUGUUCCGCCGGCGCCGCUCAACGAGAUUCAGCUGCUCAACAUGACCGUGCUCGCCCAUCUCUACGCUGUACUCCGCUUCUUCCACCCCUCCGACGAGGCGGCGGCCACGCCGUGGGAUGAGCUCCUACACUCGGGGGUCGUCCAGGCCCUCCACGCCAUCACGCCUACCAAGCUCGCCGCCGCCCUCGCCAUGCUCUUUGGCCCGGCUGCCCCGCUCCUCGCCAUCUACGUCGACACGCCACAAGAGGCUAUGAGCCUUGACAUGCGCGCCGACUAUGCUGCAGCCGCAGAUGCCGUUCGCUGGCGACACCACGGGCUUGGCGUGCGUGGGCUCGGCCCGCCGUCGUCGUUCUUCUCGUCAGCUCGGCUGACCCGGUCGGCCGCCCUUGCCACCCCACCGUACUCUGCGCUACUGGCGCAAGAGACCGACGCCACGCCGUUUGCUGGCGCGCCGUACCUUUUCUCAGCCUUUCUCGCCACUCGCGGUCGUGUUGUUGUCCACAUGAUCGUCGGCGUCGUGACCCACGCCGGCCUCUACCUUUCGCUCGAGGCCAUGGACGACGAGCCCAUCUCGGGCACCACGCCCUUUACCGAGUACCACAUCCAGGGCCGCGUCCCUGCCGAUGCUGCCACUCUUGUCAUUGGCUUUCUGCUCAAGGGCAUCGGCACCCUCGAGCUUGUCGCUCCGCACUUUGAAGUUCCUGCCACCUCGGCCUCGUUUGCUGUUGACGGUCGCGACCACUUUGUCAACCUCGACAUGGCCGACAACUCGCUCGUCGGCUGGCAGUUGCAGCCGUCCGCACCUGAGGCCGACUCGCGCAUCCGCUACUCGACCUCGUCCCAGUCCCGGCCAGAGAGCAAGGCCUUUGUCGUCCUCACCGCCGAAGAGCUCCCGCCGGCGCCGCCGCCGUCAACCUCACCCGAGCUCUCGCCGCAAGCCGAGUCCUUCCACGCGCGUCCGGCCACCUCAUGGCGCCACGCCUUCGAUCCGGCCGACCCGCGCUCGCACUACAUCGCUGAGGACAUCGGUCGCGGCAUCGGCAUGGCUCUGCCAACCGUUGUCUAUGUCAACGCCGCAGGCUUUACACUGCCAGCAGAUGCCGGCCCGCCGGCUCCGGACACCGUCGCCAGCCACGCCGACGCCCUCCUUGCCAAGGCUGCCUACGGCGACGGCGCGCGCUCGUCCGACUCGUCCGACAGUGAUCUGGUGGGUGAUGGCUUUGUCGAAGACGACGACGGUGGUCUCCGCAUCUCCGCCGUUGACGCCCUCUACCUCCCCACCGCGCUCUCGCUCUACGCCCGGCUCACCAUUGUUGUCGAGAUGUGGACAGCGCUCACCUACUUUUCGCCGGCCGUCGCCGCCCAGUGGCCCGAUCCCAUGUUCUCCUCCGAGUGGCGGGCUGUCCUCACCGACACCCUCCUUGAUGCCGCUGUCGAUGACUCGCUCGACGCUUUUCUCGACACCCUCCGCCACGCCGUCCAUCGUGUCCUCGAUGGCCAGGCCAGCGUCUCGCACGUCUCGCACGCCCGCCGCCUCUACGUCCUCCCCUUUGAGUGGCGCUGGAUCGACGGCUUGCUUGUCGUCACCCGGAUCUACCCGGGCUGUGACCUUGCCGUCGGCGACGUCAUCGUCACCCUCGAGGGUGUGCCCGCCGCUGAACUUCUCCAGGAGCUCGCUGUCUACGUCUCUGCAUCCACCCGCGAGCACAUGGUCUCGCGCGUUCUCGCCCAGCUGACGCUCGGCACAAAGCACCAGCCGCUACGGGUAGAGGUCGACCCGGGCCCAGGCCGUCCCACUUCUCCCCGCAUCCUCGUCCGCUCGCUCAAGAUCUCCCGCCUCCAUCGCGUCGUUGCCUCUGGGCCGCUCUCGUUUCCGCGCCCGGGCGUCGCUGUCAUCGCUGCCGCUCAGCUCACGCCACAGCUCUGGACAGAGUGGAUGGAAUCCGGGACACUUGACUCUGUCCGGGUCGUUGUCGUCGACGUCCGCCACCCGGCCGGUCUCGACCUUGCCCUCAUCGCACAAGCCUUUUUCUCCUCCGCGGCCCGCCUGCCCGCGCCGGCCAUGUACUUUCCGGCGCCGGCCCACCCGCGGUCGCACGCACUCGAGGCCUCGCAGUGGUACAUCGGCGGCGCACCGUGGAUGGGCCGUCUCGCCUCGCGCGGCGUCAAGCUCGUCACUCUCGCCUCUGCUGGCGCCGUUGGCGCCACCGAGCUCUGGCUCCAUCUCGUCCGCGAGCACUCGCUCGGUGUCAUCGUCGCCGACGGCGCAUCCGGCGGCGCCAUGGGUCCCACCGUCAGCCUCGAUCUCCUCUCCGGCUUCUCGCUUGUCUUUACCGGUGCUGCCCCGCACGGGGUGUCCCAGAUUGCUCCUGACGUCCUCGCCGAAGCGACCCUUGCCCACCUCCGGUCAAACCGCGGCGACUAUCUUCUCGACUCGGCGCUCGCCGUCGCGGCCGACAUCAUUGUCGAGGGCUGA